CAUUAUUGGCAGCUAGUGGUAAAAGUAGUGAUAAAGAUCGAUUACUUUUAAAACAAUUCGCAGAACAAUGUUCCGGUCUUUAACCUCGUUUUUCUCGAGUUGCUGUGAAUGUUACAUACGACCUUUUCAAAAGUUACGCGAGAUUUCAUUCGUUGCUUUGUUGACAAUCGUAAACCACAGUGAAAAAGGUUUUGAUGAAAAAUAUUAACCGCUUAUUUCGAACGUAUUACGAAUUGUGAUACAGCAGACGAUGGGCGAGGAACGUGAAGUUAUGGAGUUUUGUAGAACCUGUAUGAGCCACAACAGUAUUCAACUGGUUCCACUAUACUCAAAACUGGACGAUGCUUUUAUCACGGACAUCAUUAUGGAAUGCACCUCGAUUCAGAUCGACGAAAACGAUGGUCUCCCAACAAACAUUUGUCAACAAUGCAUGGAAACACUGAGAAUGUUAACAACUUUCAUCCGCACCGCUCGGGACAGUGAUCGACAGUUGCGGCAGAUCUUCAAAUCGGAAUAUACGUUAGUGCUAGCCAUUGAACCCGUUUAUAUGGUUGACAGUCCGAAAAGUGGUGGUCCCAUUAACGACACCGAUGAGAUCGAAUUUGCGGAGGUGAAGAUCGAACCCUCCGAGACGCUGCAACCCGAGGAAGGCUCCGAUGGGGCAAAUUCAAGUGACUGCAAUACCAGCGACGGUAGAGACAGUUUGCGCGAUGAUUCUGAUAAAUCCAGCGAUGAGACCGAGAGCGACAGUGAUUGGAACGGAAGCGAUCAAGGAGAGUGCAGCCCUCCCAGGGAGACCAAAGCUCGAAGAAAACCUGGCCCCAAACCGAGGCCAAAAACGUCAGAUUCUGACGAUAGACCAGCGUUAAAAAGACGCAAACGUAAAGUUGUUGAGUUACCAAUGAAUGAAUAUGAACGAGAGUUGUUCACAGUAAUUGACAUCGAGAAGGAUGCACAUAUUUGUUGUGGAUGCUUGCUUAUUUUCGAUACUGCUCAAGAACUCGACUUGCAUAGGGGAACGAAAAAAGUUCGGAAAAGGGUAUUCAGUACAACGAAAACUUUUUCCAAGAUAAUCUGCGAUGGCUGUCUGCGCCCGUAUAAAUCUCAACGGCGGGUAAAUUAUCAUAGAGAACGUGUUCGACAGCUGCAGAGGAUAUGGGAGUGCAACAAGUGUAAUUUUAGGUUCUCAGAAGCCACGAGAAGGCGUAAGCAUAUUCAGAAGCAUCCUCGCAAGGAAGCAAUAGUUGCGCCGAUCAAAGAACUGGUACAACAGGAGCUAGGAUGGAUUUGUUGCGCACACGCAUGUGGUCAAUCUUUUCCUACAGAAAAUGAACUAAUUGCACAUGCUCAGAAAGCUCACCAAAUUAACAAACAGGAAUCCGAAUUGGACGGGAACCAGAAUAGGCCGGAACAGUGCCAAAUAUGCUAUCGACGUUUCCAGGACAGAGACGGACUCAUUAAUCACAAGCGGCGACUUUUUCGGUUCCGCAAGUUCCAGUGCGCUCUAUGUGGAUUGCAUUUCAACAGCGGAGGGCGGCUGGCCGAACAUGAAUUGGCCCACCAGAACAAGAAACCAUUCAAAUGUGAAGUCUGUAACAAGGUAUUCACCCUGAAGGGCAAUCUUAAGACGCACAUGUCUGUUCACACAAACGAGAAACCGUUCCAGUGCACUGUCUGUGGAAUGGCUUUUCUCCGAAAAGGUGGUUUGCAAGUACACAUGUCCAACCACGUUGAAAAACCCCAGUUUAAAUGUGAGGUUUGCUCGAAAAUGUUCAAAACGAAGGUACAUUUGCGCCUUCACAUGCGUGUCCACAACGGCGAGAGGCCUUACCCGUGCCGUUAUUGUGAGAAGUCAUUUACCGAUUUCACAAAUCGAAGGAGGCAUGAAAUGAGUCAUACGGGCAUCAAACCAUACAAGUGCUCGUACUGUGAAAAAUCCUUCAUUAGAAAACGAUUCGUGCUGGAGCAUGAAAGUACUCAUACUGGUGUUAAGCUGUACAACUGCGACGUUUGUCAUCAGAAUUUCGGCCAGAAAAGCUCACUCAAGAAGCAUAUGCAAAUGACCCAUCCGUAAAUGUCCUGUUACCUGCUACCUAUACAAUAAGACUUUGCGUAAUGAAUUCAAUCAGAAAAUGAAGCACACCUUACUGAGAGAGAACGUCUUGGACGAGCAAAGGAGAAGACAACGCGUAAACAUAGAGGAUAAGAUCGGCAGCGACAGUGAGUGCGAUAGGCAGCGUUAGAAGGCUGAUGAGUUAAUUGCCUAAUAAAAG